UGCAGGCGAGAAUCUGACAGCUGAAAUUACAGCAGGGUGGGGCGGGCGAAUUUUCACUUCGCCAUAAUAGCAAUUCCUGUGUGGAUACACUGUUUGAACUUCCUCUUCUUCGCAACAGGUAAAAUCCAUCAGUCAUAAGUAAAAGGCAUCCAUCACCAUACUCCAUCCAUCCAUUUAAAGCAAAACAAUCCAUGUUGGUUGAACGCUGUAGCAUCUUAUUACAUACAAACACAGCAAUGAAUUAGUGUUUGAAGUCGAGAUGAGGAUUUGCUUUAUAAUUUACCGAAGGUGGAGAUGGGCGAUGCUGCCUGUCGUACAUUCCGCAUCUUUCAACUAAACCGUAUAACUCUAUAAACUCAAAUAGUAAAUUCUUGCGUUUAUAAUACAAAAUGGUCAGAGUUUCCGUCUUGAACGAUUGUUUGAACAACAUCAACAACGCUGAAAAGCGUGGUAAGAGACAAGUUAUGAUCCGUCCCUCUUCCAAGGUCAUCGUCAAGUUCUUGUCCGUCAUGCAAAAGCACGGUUAUAUUGGUGAAUUCGAAAUCGUUGACGAUCACCGUUCUGGUAAGAUCGUUAUUCAACUCAUUGGUCGUAUCAACAAGUGUGGUGUUAUCUCUCCUCGUUUCAACAUCAAGCUCACUGAACUCGAAAAGUGGACUGCUAACUUGUUGCCUGCUCGUCAAUUCGGUUACUUGGUUUUGACCACCUCUGCUGGUAUCAUGGAUCACGAAGAAGCUCGUCAAAAGCACGCUGGUGGUAAGAUCCUCGGUUUCUUCUACUAAGUUAUUUCAUUCCAUCCACUUUUUACAGCUAUAAUGUAAUAUGGACAAAUUCCGUUUGAAAUAAAGCAUAAAAAAAAUAUGUAUAUGAACAGUUGAGUUACAGUUGUUUAGCAUUGUUUAGUCUGUUUUAUGGUUAAAGGAAAGAAGAAUAACGAUGUCGACUAUGAGUUGAGCAAGUGUUAGGCUGUUAUGAAUGUGAUUCUAUUAACGAUAAGGUGUAAUUUUUUCUCGCUAAGCUUUCGUCUGUACCUACUCGAAACUGUCU